AUUGUUUUCCAUUUGCAUCUGCUACAAUACGACAUACUAUGGGACAAGGCACAUCCCUCACCGUAGAGAAACCGGAAGAGGUUCUGACAUCACCAAAUGGCGUUUUCUCCGCUGGCUUUCACUCUGUGGGUGGAAAUGCCUACUGCUUUGCCAUAUGGUUCAACCACCUAUCCCAGAGUCGCAACCGCACCAUAGUUUGGAUGGCGAAUCGUGAUCAGCCAGUAAAUGGAAGGCGCUCAAAGCUCUCCCUUCUUAAAACUGGAAAUCUUAUCUUGACUGACGCCGGUAAGUUAACCGUCUGGGAGACAAACACUCUUCCGCGUUCAUCAGUACAAUUGUCUCUCUACAACACUGGUAAUCUUGUUCUACACACUUUGGAAGUUGUUAGUUUGUGGGAGAGCUUCCAUUUUCCGACAGAUACCCUUCUUCCCCAACAACAACUCACUAGAAAUACAAAGCUUGUCUCCUCAAGAAGCCAGAGCAAUUAUUCCUCUGGUUUCUACAAGCUUUUCUUCGACGACGAUAGCCUUCUCCGCCUUCUUUACGAUGGACUUGAGAUGUCCAGUAUUUAUUGGUUUGAUCCAGGGGUUGUGAGCUGGGAUGCUCAAAGGUCCACGUACAACAAUAGUAGAAUUGCAGUGCUUGAUUCCUUAGGGAACUUCAGUUCUUCCGAUAAUUUUACUGCUGUUUCAGCUGAUUAUGGGGCAGUGCUUCAUAGAAGACUGACAAUUGAUUACGAUGGUGAUAUUCGAGUCUACAGCUGGAAAGAGGAGGAGGAGACGUGGGUUAUUUCAUGGCAAGCCUUUCAGAAUCCUUGCAAGAUUCAUGGUAUUUGUGGGGCCAACAGUAUAUGCAGCUAUGUUGCUGGUUCUGAGAGGAAAUGCUCUUGCCUUCCAGGAUAUAAUAUGAAAAACCAUACCGAUUGGUCUAACGGUUGUGAACCGGGAUUUGAUCUCUCUUGCAACAAAAAUGAGUCAGGCUUUCUGCAGCUAUCCCAUGUUGAAUUCUUUGGUUAUGAUUAUGGGUUCUUUCCCAAUUACACACUCCAUGAAUGUACGACUUUAUGCUUGCGAUUGUGCAAUUGCAUAGCGUUCCAAUUCAAAUUUUCCCGGAAAAGUGGUUUUGCGAAAUGUUACCCGAAGACGCAAUUGCUCAAUGGACAUCGCUCGCCAGAUUUCAAUGGAGACCUCUAUUUGAGGCUGCCAGAAAGCAAUCUCUUGUCCUAUACAAAUUCUGUAGUAGAAUACAGUUUAGAUUGCCCAAGUGAAGGUAUAGUACUGCAACUGGAAAGAAUCUAUGUAAAAAGCCGUGAAAAUGGGAUACUGAAGUUCAUGCUCUGGUUUGCAUGCGGAGUGGGAGGACUUGAGAUCAUCUGUAUCUUCUUGGUGUGGUGUCUCUUGAUUAGAACCCAACAAAGUUCAGGUGCGGACAAACAAGGCUACCUUGCUGCCGUCGGAUUCAGAAAAUAUACCUAUGCUGAGCUGAAGAAGGCGACCAAGGGUUUCAGUGAGGAGAUUGGAAGAGGUGGUGGAGGAAUUGUAUACAAAGGGGUAUUGUCUGACAAUCGGGUUGCAGCAAUCAAACGUCUCAAUGAAACUAAUCAAGGAGAAGGUGAAUUUCUUGCAGAAGUAAGCAUCAUUGGGAGGAUUAAUCACAUGAACUUAAUAGAGAUGUGGGGGUAUUGCGCAGAGGGAAAGCACAGGCUUCUGGUGUACGAGUACAUGGAACAUGGUUCUUUGGCAGAAAACCUUUUUUCUAAUUCACUUGACUGGAAGAAAAGGUUCAAAAUAGCUGUGGGCACGGCGAAAGGCCUGGCUUAUUUGCAUGAGGACUGCUUGGAGUGGGUUUUACACUGCGAUGUAAAGCCUCAAAACAUACUCCUUUACUCUAACUAUCAACCAAAGGUGGCAGAUUUUGGACUGUCGAAGCUUCAAAAGAGAGGCAACCUUAAGAAUUCAAGCUUUUCGAGGAUACGAGGAACCCGAGGUUACAUGGCUCCAGAGUGGGUCUUGGAUCUGCCUAUCACCUCCAAAGUGGAUGUUUACAGCUUUGGAAUAGUGGUGCUGGAGAUGGUGACCGGAAAGGGCCCAACAGAGGGCGUGCAUGUUUUAGAUUGUGGAGGGGAGACCGAGCACAGAAGGCUGGUUAAGUGGGUGAGGGAGAACAGGAAUAGAGCGGCUACAAAUGCAAUGACAUCCUGGCUUGAAGAGAUGAUCGACCCACGAAUGGAAGGCAAAUAUGAGAUGGGUAAGAUGGAAGCUUUGGUUCGCGUUGCUCUGCAAUGUGUGGAUGAAGACAGAGAUGCAAGACCCACCAUGAGCCAAGUAGUUGAGAUGCUUUUUCAGGAAGAAAAUGUUCAUUGAUCAUGUUAUAUUAUGCAAAGGCCUGAGAAUUUCUUAUUU